CACAAAUACGCGCGCCAAAAAAUAACCAACAACACAAAAUACUCACACAUUUUCAAACACUUAUAGAAAGAGGUGAGGGAGAUUAUAAUGUGCCAAGGUCGUUGUGGUGAGAGUAACAGGAGGAGUACACAACAAAUAACAAAUUUGUCCAAUAAAACAAAAAAUACAGUAAGAAGAAAAGCUGGCUAAAAGGACAGACUUACGGACAAAAUCCAACCUUAACAAGUUGCCAAACAACUUCAACAAAUCUAAAAGCGCAUACUCUUAUAAACACACAAACAAGCUCUCUUAUAACCCCCCGAACACACGAACACACACUCACACAGAUACUCUCAUACACAGUUAAACAAGUUUGAAACGAAGCAGACAACAUCAUAAACACAGCAGCAAACAACGAAACGAAACCUUAGUUCGUUCUUUAACAUUCAGUUCGAAACGGACAUUCAACGCGAAUGCAAGUCAGAACAUCGUUUGUGGCAUUGGAUCAAAGAUCACCUUUGACGGUGGAGUCCUCUUGUCCAAAAAGAAAAAAAUGCGAUAUGGAUCGAGAGCGAGAAAGAGAAAACAAAUCGUUGGAACCUAGGGAUUUGUCAGCUACUGGUAGAAUAUGCAGAAAUGAUAUCAAAAUUAGCGCCUCUCCCACAGUCUCACCAACGAUUUCCAAUUCCAGCUCACCCACACCUACACCCCCAGCCAGUUCAGCAGUAACACCUUUAGGUUUACCGCCUGGUACGGUGGGUUCUGUUAGUGGUACUUCGGCGUCGGCCAGUACAGCGGGAUCUGCUGGUAGUGCGGCUUCCUAUUUACAUGCGAAUCAUAAACCAAUAACGGGUAUACCUUGUGUAGCGGCUGCCUCACGUUAUACCGCACCUGUGCACAUUGAUGUGGGUGGCACUAUAUACACCAGUUCUCUAGAAACAUUGACCAAAUAUCCCGAUUCAAAAUUGGCCAAAUUAUUUAAUGGUUCCAUACCCAUUGUUUUGGAUUCGCUAAAGCAACAUUAUUUUAUAGAUCGAGAUGGUGGCAUGUUUAGGCAUAUUUUGAAUUUUAUGAGAAAUUCGAGACUGUUAAUAGCGGAUGAUUUUCCAGAUUUGGAGCUGUUGUUAGAAGAGGCGCGUUAUUUUGAAGUAGAACCCAUGAUUAAACAAUUAGAAAGCAUGCGCAAAGAUCGUGUACGUAAUGGCAACUAUUUGGUGGCGCCGCCCACACCCCCGGCACGCAUUAAAACAAGUCCACGAGCGUCCACUCAUACAGAAUACAACUAUGAAGUGGUGGCUUUACAUAUAUCACCCGAUUUGGGUGAACGCAUUAUGCUCUCAGCCGAACGUUCGCUACUAGACGAAGUUUUUCCCGAAGUCAAUCAAGCCACACAAACCAGUCGCAGUGGUGUGUCCUGGAAUCAAGGCGAUUGGCGUCAAAUCAUACGUUUCCCGCUCAAUGGUUAUUGUAAACUCAACUCUGUACAGGUGCUAACAAGGCUUUUAAAUGCCGGCUUUACCAUCGAGGCCAGCACAGGCGGUGGUGUAGAGGGUCAACAGUUUUCCGAAUAUUUACUUGUAAGACGUAUACCAAUGUGAUAAACUGGAAUAGAUGUUAAUGAUGAUGAUGAUGAUGUCGAUGACUUUGAAGAGGUUUAAUGUAAUUUAUGUUAUAAAAAACGUAAAACUAAUUAAUUUUUAAAUUUAAAUGUGUUUAAGAGAACAACAACAAAGUUUUUUAAGGAUUUUUUUUAGAGAAAACUCUGUAUAACUUUAAACUAAUUGUAUGGUUUGCAAAAUAAUUUGCUAAAAGCAAAAAUCAAAUAUACAAUACUACAAACAAUAGACAAGUUUAAAAUGAUAUAAAUAAAAAAGGAAAAAAAAGAAAAUAUUAAAUUAAGGUAGAAAAGAGUUUUUGUGCAACAUACAUACCACAUAGAUACUCCAAAAAAGUCAUUUUAUAAUAAAAUAAAGAAAAAUAUUUUAAAAGAAUUUAAUAAAAACUCAAACAGUAAGGAUAUUCUAUUUGACAACAAGUUUUACUUCCAUACAUCCUUAAUUUCUUUAAAUUACCAUUUAUUCCUUUUUUUUCUAUCUAAAUCAUUAAAGAACUAUUUUCUUAGCUAAAUUGUUUAUUAAAAAAAAAAAAAUAUUACUUA